AUGUCGUCGUACAAAUCCGAGGGUGGUCGUAUCCCCAGGCUGAAAGAUCCUACCUUCCAGCGUCGAAAUGGGACAUUUUUCGGGGUGAACUCCUCUUCUAGAACCUAUGGCCCUUCUGCGCUACACUCGAGGGUUCAAAUUUCGAAGUCAAUGGCCCCAACAGCAAGAAAUAGCAGAUCAUCCUCCUUUUCAGAUGCGGAAGAAGCUCGCGGAGUGCAAGCCUCUUUAGCUGCUUCGCAGACUUCAUCCACUGCCGGUGUCCAUAUGUCGUUACUUCCCCGAGCGAACACUCAUCCAUCACCGUCAACAGCAACACCCCUUCCGUCCCGGCACCUCAAGCUCAACCUGUGCCACGUCCGGCCAGUCCUACGGUGGGGACCCAUGUCUCAGAAUCCACUAGCGAAAGACCACGCAAAGUUCUGCGUCGCAGAGCACCCACAAUUGUGCUCCCCCGAUCAUGUUGCGAAUCCUACUACCCAGCCGUCAUUGGACCAAGCAAUUCCAGUGAGACACAAGCCGUCGCCUAGUUCUUCGCACCCAAAGACAGCAAGCAAAGCAAGGGCACAACCAGUGGAACAAGGGCCCAGUGAGUUCGCUAGUUUACGAACUACAGUCAACACCCAGAAUCUACCUCCUCCGACCCCCAUUUUUGCGUCGGCUAGCAGCCCCUCGACAAGAUACUCUGGUUCUCCGGGGAUAUGGAGCAGGACUUCUACUCCCACCUCACUGUCAUCCUAUUCCCCUGGGAUUAUUCAUUCCGCGAAGGUCGGUCCUCGCUUCAGGCACCCGAGCCCUUCCGAGUCUAGACUCCCCAUCUUCUCACCUAUAAUGCAGAAGUCCGACUCACAAGAUGAUCCAUUGGAUUCAGCUGGGGACGGGUUUCCGGGCAUGACUGCUGGCGCAGGGUUAAGCACGUUGUCAACGUCAACGAAGAAUCAUUUCGACAAUCCUCCCAACAAAGAUGGUCCCGCAAAGCGUGCUACGCCGACUGGGAAUCAACUGCCGCUUAAAACAUCGACAAAGUCCAUCCUGCCGAGAAUGACUAGACCAAACCUUGCGGAGAAUUCGGAGUCAUCUGAGGAGCAAAGCAGUGGUGCCGCCGGGGAUCACGGGAAUCUCAAAGGAUCGGUAUUGAAAGGCGAGGUCAGUGGUUCAGGGCAUGUACCUUCAAGACCUAGUAGGGAAGGUACUCACCGGUUAGAGCUUGAGCCAUCACCUGUGAUCCGUAGCAACCUCCCUCCUGGCGCUGUGGCGAGUCAUAGGAGACAUGGAUCCGGGGCUAGCUCAGUGGCGUUGGGGAGAAGUCAUUUGGUCUCAAACGUCUCCGCUGCCACCUCAGUUGAUUCGUUGCAGUCAAGGUCUUCUGCCCGACGACCCUCACUCAUACCCAGCUCACCAGAGUCAAUGCGCAAAUCGCCGCGAACGUUGAUAAAAGAACCUAAAACAAAACAGGAUGCGACGAGCCCCGCGAAAUCGCGGCGAUACGGUCUUUUUUCAAAGAAGUCAAACUCUGAAACGGAGGUACAAAAACCCGAGGACCGACACAUCCGCAAGGGUCCUGCAGCUGGGACAGGCCACGAGGGUUAUGGAAGAUAUGCACAGCGUGGUCGGAAGGGAACUGUCGGCAGCAACAGCGAUACGAGAGCAAGGUCAACGAGCACCAACCGCAGCACACCGCGAUCGGUUUCCAGCACCAAGACAAGUGUUAGAGGUCGAACAGAUAUGGAUCUUGAUGAUUUUCUGCUAGAUCGUCUAGAGCCUGUCUUCAUCACUGGUGGAGGCAUGGACGGUGCCUCAUUGACGAAGACACAGAGUGGGAAGAGUACGAGCGGUCUCAGCGUCGAAUCUGCUCAAAGUUUAGUCAAGUAUUCAGGGUCGAGCUCAGCUGGUUAUUCAACGGACUCGUUGCCUGCUCCGACAGCCGAGAACGAGCAACGCAAUCCCUAUCUGAACAAUUCAACUCAAGCUAGAUUGCAGGUCUCUAAUCAAGCUGUUGCAAGCUCUAGCGGACUAGGUCAUGCCGUGGCCAACGAUGUUGGGUCUGGACAGGCGUCCUCUCGUCCAUCGAAGCGUCCUGAUGAGACCCCGCUUUUGUUCAGCGGCGAAGGAUCGAGCGGAAGUGGGACGGCGACUGAGCAGCCUAAAACACCCCAGAAAAAGAGCAAAGGAUUCAAGUGGAGUUUCUUCCAGAGACAUGGAAACGCGCAAAAGGAGAAGAAACCAACCCGUGAGCCGCUUGUAUCUCCUAACACCCCUCAGCUCCAUGCUACAGUUUCCCCAGUCUUAGUAUCCCGGCCUGUCGCACACUACGCCUUGGUGGAUGCCGACUCCGACCCUCUGGAAGUUAUCAUCAACCACGUUGAGGAGUCGCCUCCGACGGAGAUUGAGGAUUUGGACUCACGAGUGGAAAUUCCGGCUGCCUUGAAUAUCAGGAAGCAAAGCCAAUCUAUCCUGCUUCCAUCGCCUCCGAAGCUUCAAGGCGAGUUCUGUCGAGAUCGCCCGGCUUCACCAAAGGUCUACUUUAACAAGGACCCUUUACUCCCCAACUCCAAGGCAAGCACAUCUAGUGGACGCCCACGACGGUUGGCAUCUGUCGGCCGUAUUCCCGAAGUGAUUUCGAGGCGGGAUCGGCAACACAAACCAGCGCUUCAAUCGUUCUCGAGGCCAUUUAGCAUGGCAGAUUCUCCGUCCAUAGCUGCUCCGGCGACAGAUAAUCUUCUUCCCGAAUUGCAAACUUCGAGUCAGCCCACGAUCACAGCUCAGUCCCACGGGGCCCCUCGUCGUCCGUUGGGUCUUGGAUUUGACCUCACUUGCCCCUUUGGCGAUCCUGAGGUAGCGACUGCUCUCAAUUUUAUCUCAGGUCCUUACUCCAAAGACGAAUUCUUAACGUUCUCACCGAGGAAGGAUUCGGGUUUUUCCACGUCAAGCGGUUCUGAAGCUUUGGCCGCUGUCACUGCUGUGGUUCCGAUGCCGGGUUCAGACCCCACCGAGGACGAGGUCUGGGCCGAGUAUGACGAUCUCAUUGAUCACGUUCUUUCACCAGAGGUUCCAGGACGUACUUUGCCCGGGGAGUCUACCGAGGAUGGGAAAUUGGAAAUGGCCACCGUGGCCAGCAAGGCGCUUCAAGCCGAGAUGAACUCGAAUGUCAAUAGACACUCGCCUGUUAUUCUCGUCGACACUCCGGCCGUGGCUCUCACUCCCUCAUCGCCUCAACCAAGUGACGGCUCGUUUCAUUUGCGGCGUUCCGCGAUAGCUUCGGCCCUCCACUCUUCCAUUACCCCUUCAUCCCAACCUUCGUUCAGCGACAUCAUUGCUAGCUACUGUUAUGAUCAAGAUGGAAGGCGAACAAGCAAUGAGAAGGUAGAUGACAACUCAGCCUCACUUGCACCUGUUGAGCAACAAGCAGCCUUCCUCAGCUCGUCUUCACUGGACUUAUCCGAGACGUUCGAGACUUGCCGGCAACGGAAUACCAUUCUGUUUGAUAUUGCGGAGCGCGAUAGAGAGGGACCAACCGCCCAAACCAACAUACGCUCAGGAUCUCUCAUGACAAGCCGUUGGCUGUCGUUUGGAAGGGUACUCUUUAGCCCUGCGCAUAAUCACGUUAAAAACGGCGAGCUAGAGAGGAUUCUCGUAAUCGACGGACUGGGAAACGAGGACUGGUCAUUCUAUUGCGCCCUCACCUACCCAAAUGCCGACAUCUACUGCCUGACCGACGGACCCGCGAAAACUACAUUGAAGCAUCCAGCUGCUUGGCAACCGCCAACGAACCAUCAUACGGUUCACCAGGACAGCUUGGAACAACCGUUUCCUUUCGCAAAGAGCUUUUUUACAGUCACCGUCUUGCGAUUUCCAUCUGCAUGCUCCGAAAGCGUCCAGAACAACAUUGUGUCGGAAUGCAAGCGCGUGCUUCGACCUGGUGGCUAUAUGGAGAUGAGUGUGCUCGAUCUGGACAUGGUAAACAUGGGAAUUCGGACCCGCAAAGCCGUGAGGAUGCUCAAGGAGAAGACAUACUUGUCUGACCCCAGUAUCAGUUUGAAGCCUGCGAGUGACAACCUACAGAAGCUGCUGGGACUACAAGGGUUCGAUAGUUUGCGGCGCUGCAUGGUGCGGAUUCCGGUGACGGGGGUGAUUGUAAGAUCUUCAGCCUCAUCUUCCUCCACUUCAUCUUCCAAUCCCUCCACAUCUGUUGCCACCGGUACGCCAUCUACUGCGUUCUCAGCUCUGACAAGUUCCUCGACGAGCGCGCAACUACCGAAAGUACAUGGCAAAUCGCCAUCCAACGACACCGACUUGUCUCUUGGAGACCUACUCUCAGACCCCUCCCCCUCUCCCUCAAACGACGAGUCGAUACGGAAGAUUGUCGCUAAAGUCGGCCGCUGGUGGUACACGAGAUGUUAUGAGAUCCCAGUUCUGCCGAAUGGGGAUGCAUCGUCGAGUAUCUGGGCCGAUAAGCGGGUUCUCCGUGAGUGUCAGAAACGAGGCACAGGAUUCCGGCUGUUGAUUGCAUACGCACAAAAACCCAGCGAGGUGAAACGGCGGACUGCAAGUGUUUAA